CCUGCAGUGGGUGCCGGGUAAUGGCGCGCAUGUGCACUGUCUGAAGCGUCCGGUAAUGGCGGACAGACCGAGAGCAGAAUGGCGGCGAUUGAGACUGGAUUGAAGCCGUCGCCGCCGCCAUGUCUCCCGCACACAAGCGGUCUCUGAUAACGUGGGCGGCGGGGCUCGGCUUCGCUUUGCUGUUUUCCUUCUACAUCUUCGGCUGGUACCUGCUGGGCCUGCUGGUGGUGGUGUCCGCCUGGGUUUAUUACUCUUCGUUGCAGGGAGUAGGCCCCAGGCCCGGGCUCCGAGGUUUACUCGAUCGCACUAUCGCUUUUCUCCUCGGGACGCGUUGGGCCGAAGUGGUACACAACAAGUUGAACGGAGGAGGCGGUCAUUGGAAAGGGAGAAGUCGGAGUGGUAGAGGCAAGCCUCAGCCCGGAUUUUGGAAUCCGGGCCGGGCCCCGGGCAAUAGCUGCAAGUGGGAGUUGGUGAAUUGUGAGGAGCGCAACCCGCUGGCGGCGGCUUAUGCCAGUGAGCGGAGCCCCGCCGAUUUCAUGAUGGGCAGCUACUUGUCGAACGAAAACUCGGCGCAGGCCACUUUUGGCAACAGGGAGAUAAGGAACCGCUACAGCCGGCCAAAUCCCAUCCAGACUCCAACCAGGAGGCUGUCCUUUGGGGAACAUCAGGCCAUGUUGAAUCGAUUUACAGUGACCCCUCGGCGACGGUAUCCAAUCCAUCAGCCCCAAUAUUCGGUACCUGGAACUCUACCGACUGUCCGGUGGGAUGGCUAUCAGAAGAAAAAUGUUUUAUCGUCCAGGAACUCACCUAUGGUACAUAGUCCAGUGACUGUAAAAAUUGCUCGUCCUGAUGCAAACAUGAUGCGUUCACCUCUAUUGGACUAUAUGAUGUCCCCUGCCAUAUCUCCUCUGAUUGACCCUUGCUCUAAAGCAACAGUGCUCAGUGCACUUAAAGAAAGUCGGAAGAGAACAGUCGAAGAUGAUGCAGAAAGAACUUCAAUCUCUGAACGAGAGAACAAGCGCAGACGCCAUGACAGCAGUGGCAGUGGUCACUCUGCAUUUGAGCCCCUGUUGGCCAAUGGAGCUCCAGCUUCUUUGAUUCCAAAACCUGGAACCUUGAAGAGGGGCACCAAUUCCCAGUAUUCAGAUGACCCCAUUUCUAAAAGAUCGCGAACGUCCUCCAUUAGCUCACUGAGCAGUACAUAUAUGGGUGGGAAGCAUUCUUCCCCUCGCAACCCCAUUUAUAGUUCUUACAGUUCCACUCGAGGCCAUAUUCAGGGUGUGAAGAAUUAUCUCUCUGUACAGAAUGCAUCACCUUUGUCCAGCCCUGCAUCUUCACGUUCUCAAACUCCUGAGAGACCAGGAAAAAAAAUGAGAGAAGAAGAAGUACAAAGGUCAGAUACUUCUACUCCUGUUAAGGUGGAUAAGGUAGAAAAAGACCAAACCAUGGAAGAAGAAUCUGUGUAUCAGUUAUCAAAAUUAUCACCAUCAACAGUAGAUUAUUCUCCCUCAGCGGGAGAUGGGAAACGGAAGCGCAAGAUUCCUCUCCUAUCAAAACGCAAAGGAGAUCAGCUUACUCUGCAUCCUCCGCUGGAGCUUGGCUAUACAAUCACAGCAGACGAUGUGGAUUCUGAAAAGAAGGCAGGUCUAGACAGAAUUAAGAAAGCAUUGCAGGAAAAGGAAGAACCCACAAAGUCACCAACACCAGUGACAACAGCAACAGUACCCUCCCUGUCCGUAACACUUACUGCUCCGACAGGAGAAAUUUCUGCUGACUCAACAGCCACGUCCACCUCCAUUUCUGCUGUUGUCUGUAGUCCUCUGCUGGUCAGUUUGAAGAAGAUGCAGAACUGCACAAAUGCAGCUAGUAAUUCAGAUUCUGUAGAUGGAGUAACUUCAAACAACAUGGUUAAAGUCUCAGAGCCUUCCGCUAUCACCUUCAAGAAUGAUUUAUUGCCCCCUCUUACAACUCCUACUACUAGUGUGGCUGUGACAACUGACAUUGCAGGGUUUAAGCCGAUUGAUGUUUUGAACUUUUCAUGUUCCUCCAUCACCCAGCCACUUAGAACUCCAAUCAAUAAAUCUGCUACCAAAGCCAUCACCACUACCACCAACUCUUGCCAGAUUUCUGCUCUAGUAAGUUCACAAGAAAAUAAAGUUAACAAAGAGCCUGAAAUGAAUUUUGCUGUAUGUACAGGGAGUUCUGCACCUCCAAGCACAAGUCUUAGUCUGCCUAGCACACUGACUGUAAAGCCAGCAGUCACUAGUGUCACAGCUCCUUCAGCUGCCAGUACAGUUGAGUUUAAGCCAGUCUUUGGUCUGCCAGUAGUACAGCAAGCCAGUGUCGUUUCAACAGCGUUGAGCUUGACCAUGCCGAUUACUACACCCCUGACCUUGGUGGCAUCAAAGGAAUCAAGCUGUGCUACUUCAACUGUAUCAUUCAAACCAGUGUUUGGGAACUGUUUGACCCCUACAACUUCAACCACGACAUCUGCACCAUUCACAUUUGGCCAGUCAGCUCAAGCUGUUGUUAAUAAUGAACCUGCUGUUGCCACAACUUCUGCAAAAUCAGGUUCAACUCUGUUCCCAUUUGCAGCCUCCAAUUCACUAGCAAGUUCAAAUGUUAACUUGGAAGCAAAGGGCUCACAAGCCACGUUUAGUUUUGGUUUAAAUGUAGCUGUUACUUCAAAACCAAAUACUACAACUACUGCAACUAACAACAUUUCAUCACAGCAACUGUUUCAGUUUGGCUCAAAUUCUUCAACAACCACCACAGCAGCACCCAGUGACAUAUUCCAAUUUGGGAAGAGCUCUGCAGAUACAUCUGCAGCAUCAGCUAGCCCACUAGCUUCUGUCUUUGGACAAACAACAGCAGUCUCAAGCCAGGUGUCAACAAGUAUCGCACCCACUUCAAAUUUAUUCGGGGGUUUUGGCUCUUCAGUGCCAACAACUGUUACCACCUCAAGUGGACAACUUGCUCUUGCAUUUGGAAACCCAGCAAAAUCUUCCCUGUUUGGUAAUGCCACAAGCACACCACCUUUUGGUGGUCCGACAGCUCAACUUAAUUUUGGAAGCACAGGCAGUCAUUCAACAUUUGGGACAAAUGCUGGAGCAGCUCAGAAAACCCCAAGUAAAACUCCUGCCUUUGGCAAUGCUGUUCCUCCAUUCAACUUUGGAGCUUCUGCAGCCAAAUCGGCCUUUCCAAGUACCACUUCGCAGUCUACAUUUGGAACUCCCGGCCAGCCAUUGUUUGGGGGUGCAACAGCCCAGACUGGAUUUGGAUCAGCUUCGACACAGCCAGCAUUUGGCAGCACCUCAGCAGCUUUCUCAUUUGGUACAACCACCACUUCCACUGCUGCUCCAAUAUUCAACGCUACCAAGAGUUUGAGUGGUAGUACAACUGGGUCAAUCUUUGGCUCUUCACAGACGGUUGGCUUUGGUUCGUCAAACCAGGCAGCUGUAACAACUAGCGGUUUCACUCUUGCUGCAUCAAAUCCAAAUAUAGCUGCAGCUAGCUUCUUUGGUUCAGGUCAGAGUGGAUUUUGCUCUUCAAAUCCUUCCGUCCCCUUUGCCACUUCCACCUCGACAACGUCAUCUCAAAAUAUGUUUGGUUCAGCAUUGACUAACCAGGCCCAGCAGAACCAGAGCACUCCACAGUUUAACUUUGGAGCCACAAAUACAGUUGAGAACAAACCUGUAUUUGGAGGGUUCAACUUUGGAGCUCCCACUUUGAACUUUGGGGCUGGGACGACUGCACCUGGAUUUGGACAGAGCACUCCAAGUGGCAACUUUUCCUUUGGGACCACUGGGGCUCCAGCAACAAACUUUGGGAGUCCAGGAGCAGGUGCAGCAGCAGCGUCGGCAUUUGCAGCAACACCCACCUUUUCUAUAGGAGCUGGAUCUCGACCUACUGGAACCAGACAGAGAUUGCAGGCUAGACGUCAGCACGUACGGAAGAGAUAGACAUUGGGAAUUUGAAUGGCGCAAAUGAACAUUGUGUUGACUAUUCUGGAAACCAUUACCACUUUUUACUUUUGUACCCUAAACAACGCCGGUCGUGGAUGUGCAGGCAACUGACUUCGAAUGCUGAGAAUAUAUAAUUGAGAAAAAUAGUUUAAAUUUAGUUUUUCUUUUCCACCUCUGGGCUUGAACUGUUAACAAAGGCUUGCAGCUGCUGAAAAAUAUUUUUCUGCAACAGUGCAGGAAACCUUGUCGGACUGCAGUGUGAAGUCUUCAUCGUCUUAAGUUCAUACACCCUUAUUAAACUGACCACUGCAGAAUAGUGAUCUUUGUUUGGUUCGGGGUACAGCAGUAAUAGGUGACUCAGUAAGCAACAGACUUGGCUUUACUUGAAAUAUUCUAUUUUAAAGGUCGCUGUAAAAUGCAAUUUGCAGGCCUUUCUGACUGACCCUAUUCUUUGUACAAAUUGCUGCACUUGAAAACAUUUUUUUAAUUACAUUUCUUAAGGGCACAAUUCCCAGUAAUAUCACCACUUAUUGUGGUGCCUUCUGUCCAAAGGCAAAACUGAACUGGAGGCUAAUGGUGAUUUUUUUUUUUUGUCUUCCUUCUCAUUUUUUUUUUGAAAUCUUCAUUAAUUUUGGUUUAUGCCUGAGAAGAAUUCUAAACCUGACUGAAACUUGGGAAAAGAAAAUGUGCCUGUUGAGUCACUUCUCAAAUAUUUUGCUUUGCAGCCUGACUCUGUCCUCUUUACUUUUCCUUCUGUGAAUAGCUUCCUUUUUAAACCUGUUGUUUAGUUAGGUAAAAGAAACAAAUCCAAAUUGCUCUUCCCUCCUGUGCUUCUCCCCAUCCCCCUCUCUCUCUCCCCUCUCCAAAUGUCAGACUUUUUUUUAUAUACAGUAAUGUUAUCAGUGUUUGCUCGUCUAUCUCACUUUGUUGCUCAGUGAAUCGAGUUUGGAGGAAAAAUUUCAGUAUGUGUGGCGGCAUGUUAGUAAUGCCGGACCUGACUGGUUCAUUGGAUAUAUGUGAAUCUGACUCUUGCUAAUCUGAUGCGAUAGUGUUUUGCUACUAUAACUGCGUGACACAUUAAGCAGUGUUCUAUGGAGAAAUGGCAGUCAUGGCUAGUUUUGGAGGAGGUUCCGAUUACACAGUAUGGGAUUCUCAAUGACAGAUUUUUAUAAUCUGGUGCUAUAAUGUUAAGAAACACAAAUUAUUCAAGCUUAUACCAAAACUUCGGUUGGCAAUGUUAAGAAUUGUACAUGUAUGCAUAUAUACUGUGUAUAUUUUAACUGAGACUAGGUACUUGCAUCUUAUUUUGGGUGCACCUUGCAAAUGUACCUGUUUUAAUUUUCUUUAUUAAAAACAAACUGAUUUUUCAAAAGUUUUUUUUUUAGAAAGUAAAGUGGUUCAUCAAAACUUUUUGAAUAAUCUUGACUUUAAUCUCUGCAGAUUUUAUUAAAGGAGUAGCUAUGCUGGGUGCGCAGUCAUGUUGUGUAGUGCUUUUUUUAUAACUGUUGGGGUACAGAUCACGUUUUAUGCAAACCUCCUGUUUCCUGUUGUCACAAAGCUGAUAUGAGCAGAGUCUUGAAGUUGGCCAUCAUCAGUCCCCUGGUAGUGAUGUGGUUUAUGGCAGGUUUUGAGGUCUGAUCUACUUUUGUUUUGGAUGUUUUAGUCAUACGUUUUUAGUAAGAUCUUGUGGCAUACAUUGAGCUUCUCAGGAACCAAAAUAGUGGGGGCAACAUGACAACUUCAGUUUUCGAGGCCAGUUUUAAAGUCUCAGGGUGGACUAGCAUUCAAAUAAUUCUGCUGUUUUUGCCCAGUAGUCUGUAUAGGAGUGCCUCUUGAGAUACUUGUCAAAUUUGCAGCAUGGGUUACCAUGGUGAGAUCUGCCCUUUCCUCUGAGUUCAUGGAUGAAAAUUGGGUAAAAGUGUUGGAGGCAAAUGAGAGGAGACGGCAGCCCACAUAAGUUAGUCUGAAUAUUCUUAAAUGGAGAAACAACUAUUCUCCUUGCAUUCUUUGUGAAAUCACUUGUCGGUUUUCUAAUUGUUCCUCACAAACUCUUUCCUCCUUGUGAUGACAGAAGUGGAUUUUCCGAAACAUCCUUUGUGUUUCUUUUACCUUGGAAGAAAAUGCUCCUCCGACCUCUGUUGCCCACUUCCCCAUAUACGCACAUCCCUCCUAGAUGUUUUGCACUUUGCCGGCUACAUUUAAUUAGCAAUUUCUUUAAUGGUUGCCCACAUGAUACCUAGCCAAAAUUAACAAAGCUUCGCAUUGUCUUUCCCUUCAAACAACAAAAUAUCAGCAUGCAAUGCUGCCUGACCUGCCAUUGAUCAAUUUAGAAACGAGCUAUCUCUCCAUCACUAUGGCUGAAAUCUGACUGGCUUAGAGAAGUGUAAAUAACUUAAAAUCAAGAGUGAAAAUUAAAAUCAAGAGAGCUUUUAAGAGGGAAGGCAAAAGUUUACCUAAUAGAUGGGGUGGGGCAUGUAGCAGAUACUUAAAAUUGAGAAUGAUCACUUUUGCAACAUCCAGUCACUGAUUGCAUGCAUUGUUCUGUCGAAGGCACUGCAAUCAAAUAGUUUAUGAGCCAUUUUCAGAGAAUAUUUGUACUGUUUCUAUUGGAAAUUUUUAAGACAAUUCUGGCUGGUCCAAGUGGCUAGACAGGUUGAAGGUCCCUCCUCAUCCCAUUAAACGACUGCCAUUUUGUGAUGUCUGAGUAUGAAUGUGUGCGGGUGAUUGGCAACUUCUAAAUUUAGAUAAAAUUUUUAAAAAAAAACAAUAAAUUUUAUUUUUAUAUGUAAGUAAAACUUAACGUUCCUUCAAGCUUGGUUCAUUGAGACUUAAUGCUACACUGGUUAAAUAGUAUACAUCUGGUAAACAAUUGUAUGUACAAACUGGUUUUUAAACAUGGAAUAUGAAGUUGGUGUGAGUAAGUUUGGAAGAUCUAAUGGUGAGUGAAAAAAACAACAGUUGGGAUGCUAUGAUUCUUGCUGAAUGUUACAUAUAGGUUAGUAUACUCAUGCCUGUAUUUGGGCCAAAAUCAUACUGGAUAAAAUUUGGGUGUCAUUUAAAGAUUUUGUUUUUAAACAUUUAUUUUGAUUCCUCAGUUGAUCAAGGUUCAUUGAGUUGACAGCAAUCCAUGGAGUCACAAAGUAGACCUGAUUUCUUUCUUGGUCUGUGCUGUUAGUAGAACAUGUGGGGUAGCUACAAAGACCGUGCAUGUUGCUUCCACAUUCCUCCCUUUCUUCACCCCCCCCCCCCCCCCCAAAAUAUCGUAUGGAAGGGAGAAACACUUGCAAUUGUUGCUGUUUCUCCUGGUUUUGUUCACUGGAAUAUGGCUUUGGAUGUGAAUGACAGAUUUUUUCUGUUCUGAUCUUUUCCACAGUAAUUUAGCCAAGAAGCAGUUACUGCUGAGGUUUUUGUUUUCAAAAAGUUAGGGAUCAUUUUAAGACAUUUUAUUUGAUUUCUACAGCACCCAUUGAUUAUUAAAGGGUGGUUGGAAGUGAAAGCUUAGCACAAUGCUGUUCAUGUCAACAGCUCGUAUUGAAUAUUUAUCAAUUAGAUAGAACAUAAAAGCUGUGAUUAUUGAUAUGCAGUAAGGUGUUGCAUGAUUGAGCAUCAAAUUUAGUUUUGAAACAAACAUCCAUUCUGAACAAAUUGAGAUUGCUCCUGCUGCAGGGAGGGGGAAAAGAGCUUUUCGAAGGAGAGAUUUUGCAAGAAUGGCAACUUAUUUUAAGUAAUUUUCCCCAUUAUGUACACCACACUCCUCAUCACUCUGAGCACUUUAGUGAUGUGGUCUCACUGUAAACUCAUUUAUCUCUCCUCCUUCCCAUGUAUUGAUUGAACUCUCAUUGUCAACAGGAGCUCAGACUCCAGAGGGACCUUUCCUAAAUGCAAUUGACAUUGAAGCCAAUUAUUCUACUAUCAAAUUGGAGAUCAAUUUGCUUAGUAUGCGAUUCUGUGACCCAUCUAGCAUGUAGUAUUUAGUUCACAUGACAGUGCGCUUAGUACUAUUAUUGGGAAUUGAGCGAAGAUCGAACUUGGAACCAGUAUAAUUUAAAUUGUCCUGUGCUUAAAUUCGGUUUGAUAAGUGCUGAGCCAUUCAAAGCUGCGAGGUGUCUAAUUCUGUGGCUCCCCUGGGGUAAUAUCAAUCAUAAAACAAUUUGCAGUACCCACACACAAACUUGCCGAUGUUGGGGGUGAUAUGGAGUGUUGCACCAGCCAGUGUUCUUGUUAGUAUUUACACACCUCAUGAAACAAGGUUCAGCUGUGUUUAGUUUGAAAAGCUGGCUAACCCAGAAGCAUCGUGGUAUUGCAUCCUGCUGCCUCAUUGUUAUCAGAAGAAAACAGAUUGGAGGAGGAAGUAAAUGGUUGACUUAUUGUGAAUUUUCACUUAACCUGCGAUCAGUUUGAUUGCUGUAUUGCUGACCAAGUGCUGGAGUCCUGAUUCUAAUUCAUGCCUCUCUAGUUGUAUGCUCAUGUUGAGUUUGACAGGACUUUACAAGUAGUGUUAAUUUCAUGUUCAUAAAAGCCAUCAUUGUGUCACUAUGUGAGCAUGUCAUCCAGUCAGUGUUUGCGCUGCCCCUACCCUUUGUUUGCAUCCAAGCUAAUUAUGAGUGGCUUUCAAUUUCGGCAUCUUAUGAAAUUAGGAAUCUUAUUUCUACAUAAGAUGCAUUGAACUGUUUGUGGUUACAAGCAAAUUAUGUUUCAAAACUCGAGCUGUAAACACUGAAAACUGGAUGCGCACUUCAUUUUUGGACUAUUUUCUGAACUUAAUUUGUUUUCUCCCCUAUUUUAACUUGAGUACAAUUCAUUAUCUUUCAGAAAGCAAAAUAGUCUGAAUGACUGAUUCAUGUGUGACAGUGUGGUGUUAUAAAUCAUUUCUUUGCCAUAAGGCGCAAUCACAUGUUAUGACGGGGUAUUGGUACUGCUGUGCAAUUGAUAACACUGUACAGCAGUAGAGUGGGCUUGUGCUAUUGACCUUUCACUGCAAUAUUGAAGCAUCAAAUUGAGUCCCCUUUAAUAUCUAAGAAUUUGAUCAAUACCAUAUUAUAGUUUUGCUGGGGGAAUAUUGCAUACACUUACUAAAGCUGCAGACACAUUUGCAUGAUUUUAUUUACUUUCACUUACCAUUAAUACUUAUUACUGUAAUUGUACACUGCUUUUGUUACCUUUACUUAAUUCUUACAAUUCACCUUUCACUGUCCUUAUUUAGAUUAACAAGGCAGUUCUUAAUCUACACUGAACUAGCAUGCAGCCUAGAGAUAGGAAUGGAAGUUCCCAAACUUCAAGCCUACAGAAUUCCAGUAGCACCAAAUAUCAGGCAUAUAGCAUUGCAAACAGAGCUGUAACAAGUGCCACGUUCAAUAUACCUGAUUUAAAUGAGUUAAUUAGCCUUCAUAAAUGAAUAAUAUGGCUCCUUUUUAAAUGAGUGAGUUUUAAAUGAGUUAAAUUUCAUACACUAUUCCAGUAAUUGCUGAGUCCCACAUGUUGGUCGCAUAAAAUUUACCAAUGUGGAAGCAAAACACUGCAGAUGUUGUCAAUCUGAAGCAAAAACAAAAAAGUUGAAAACUUUCAGGAUGUCUGCAGUAUCUGAGUGAGUGCUGUUUCAGGAGUCGGUGUUCCAGCCUCCUUUUGAAAUGUCAAAGACCUGAAAUGUUAAUCAUAACUCCAGCCUGUUGCCGGACUUGCUUAUUUUUUUAGAGCAUAACUGCAAUCCAUUAAAGCUUAAGGGUCCACAAAUUAAGUUAAACUUACUUUCUCAUUAAUGUGUGAGUUACUCCCACUAACGGAUCUUUUGGUUUUCCCAGUUACAGUGUAUUCAACAAUAAGAUAACAAAAUUAAGAACAGCGUUUUGGAAACUUCCAGGCCCAGAAAUUUCAACUCAGUGAAUCAGGAAUGCUAAUUGAGCUAAUUUAUGAGGGCUGUGUUGAAUGUUGCUGUAUCGGGUGUAUUCCAAUUAGCAGGCAUUAUAUGGUCCAUCUCUGGCAAAUGAAAGCUCUCUGCAAGACAGCAAAGGCCUUUACCAGAGCAUAUUUAGGUGUACAGACUUUAUUUGCCAGUCCUCAGCUAAUUAAGCCUCAUCUUUCCCAGAACCAGGACUCCAUAUCACAGAUAACAGAUCACCUGAUUAGUCUAUGCUGAUCUUGCACACCCAAUGAAAACUUGCUAUAAAUUACUUCUCUGUGGUUGUUAGAUUUGUUACAAUGGACUUCAGCUCCUUAGUUAGCUGCGGUGUUCAUUCAAAUAUUAAGUUUGUCUGUUUUAAAAUGACUGAGAAAAUCUGAAAUUUGGUUUGUUUGUUCCAGGGUAUAGAAUUACCAUUUUGCAACAUAGCUUAAUGAGAGGUCACUGUAAUGUGCCCUAUUCUUAAGCUAUGCUCAAAAUAAUUUCCAUCUUUUCAUUGCCAAUCUGUACUAAGUAAGUAAACCUCAGAGGUGGCAGCAAUUUGGUGCAUCAUCAUUGGACUCAUUAGCAUAGGUUUGUGUUUUGGGGAUUGGGUAAAGAAAGAAAGUUGGGAUCCUUGUUUUGCUUUACACUAGAUCCAUACUCAAUCUCAAUUCAGCUAUCCUUGUCAGAAAGUGCAUGUAUUUUGAUGUCAGUUGUGAUAGCGAAUGUAGUGGAAUGCCCAGUUGGCUCGCUGUUCAAGCUUAUGGAACAGGUGUAGGACUGAAUUCCCCACUCGUUGAGAAAAAAUUCCCUGUGUGGAUGUUGCUGCACAAUGUGUGAUGGUUUCUUCUUGGGAAGUUUCCUCCCUGGUCCUCAUUUGGAAUAAGAGUUUUUUGUUUUCACCAAAGGCAAAGAGACUUGAAUUUGAGUUGAUUCCUGUCAUACCUCAGCUGGGUAAAGGGAUGUAUGACCUUGAUAGAGACCUAAGGGCACUUUGUGCUGGGGUAUGUGUAAGCAAACAGUAAUAGUGUGGAAAUGAGUAUGUUGUUUUCAAUAUUUGAUUAACUUCCUGUAUUAAGUUUUUUUUGGUUCUUUUUGAUAAUCAUGCCUUCUUUCCUUGAGACAUUCUUGAUCACAGGCUUUGUUCAGAACUGGCUGCUGCAUGAAAUGGCAAGGAGUUAACUGUCAAGCCAUUAGGAGCAUUUCAUCUUCAAUUAAGAAGGGAAAAAUGGACUGACCAAGUGGCAAGACCAAUGGCUGUGGUGAUUUUCAACUGUUCUUUUUAAUAAUUGUUAUGACCUUUCCCCUCAAUUAUUCUUAAAAAAAUUAUCCAGGAUAAUGCAGGCUUGGACGUGUCUUUUUUUUUGUAAAAAUGCAUCUGUCUGUUUUUGGAUAAAUCAGCUAGUACACAACCUAGGGGUUACUGGUAAAUUCUCUUUCAAAGGUAGUGUGUGGAAAAAGGAUCAAGCUCGCAUUUUGAAACAUUUCUGAACCCAGUAAAUUUACAUUAUUAUUGAACAAUCCUGCCUUAAAAUUAGCAGUGCAAUUUUUUUUGUGUAGGAACUAAUGUAACCCUAUCUUGCUGUGGUGCAAUUGUGACCAACUUUAUUGAAGUGCUUUAUUUGAAACACCUAAAACUAACUUUUUCUUCAGAGGACAUUUCACUAAAGAAAAAUAGGCAGCUAUUGGGAUUCUAAAUAAUUCGUUGUUGUGUGGGAAUGCCAUGGCAGAAUUUCAGUCGCUGUAUUUAGGACUAAACUCUACAAUUGUGUCCCAAAUCCCUGUUUCACCUGCCAUUCUGACCUCCUCUGUACCACACUGUUGGAGAGCUUUGGCAAAAAUGCCAUGUUUUAUUGAGAAGGAAAGCAUGUUAAUAAUCUCCUGUGUCUUGAACCAUCACACUAGACAAAAAAACAAGUCAAAAAUAUAGAAUUCAACUUCCAUUUGGAAGACAGAGCACCAAAGAACUAGCAAGUUAGUUUAAUUGCAGCAGUUUGCUAUUUUAAACCACGUAUAUACCCUUUGAGAUGUAUGGUACUGAAUACUGUACCAUGAAAAUUGAUAUAGUAGUAUGCUCACACGUUUCCAUCCAAACUCUAGUUGUUCAUUUGAUGAGCUGAGGUAUAAUUCAUUUUGUAACUGUCUGUUGCAGAGAUCCAUCUAUGUCUAAAUUUUGAUGCUGUAGAACAUUUAAAAGUGUCUCGUUAAAUGCUUAGGGUUCAUCAAUUCCCCUAAUUGUAGUAACCUGUGAGGUUUGUUUCUAGGUAUAGGAAAUGUCAUAUACUCUCAAACAUACAAUUUUGACCCAGAAGAGGCAGUUACAGAGUAUAUGCCUGUGUAUUUCUACUGAAUAUAUGUCGCAAGAAAUUAUAUUGAUCCCAACGGCAUGUAUGGUCUCUCUAUGACUCAGAAUGAUAACAAGAAUGUCUGAAUGAUGAGUGCUGAUGAGUAAAUUGUAGAACGGGUGGGUGUGGAGAUUUGGUAGUAUGCUUUUUAAAAAAAAAACAUUAGACUUCUAUCAGUGCUGUCUAGCUUGGUAGAACCAGUGAAUGAAUGUGCAGAGGUAAAGCUGGCUGUGAAUGUGCGGAGAUCCGAUUUUUGCUUAUGUCAUUAAAUGGAAAUGGUUUUAAAUAAAAAGCUGUGAUUAUAAAC